AUGAGCUUUAUCCUCGUGGGUGAUGAACUAUACAAGAAAAGCCCUAACGAUGACUUGUUGUUAAGGUGUUUAGGGCACCCCAAGGCCAUAAAGGGGUACAAUAAUCAUGGGAGAACAAUAGGUCAAUUUUGCUACCCAGCAAAACAUCAUUAUGUCAAUUCUACUCCUUAUUACGCACAAGGGAAUGGCCAGGCCGAGUCCACCAAUAGGACUUUGGUCAAUAUCAUAGAGAAAAUGGUAGAGAACAAUCCAAGGGCUUGGCACAAAUUGCUUUCAGAGGCCUUAUGGGCCUAUAGAACUUCAAAGAAGGAAGCUAACAAUAUAACCCCUUAUAUGUUGGUAUAUGGACAUGAUCCAGUCCUACCAAUGGAGGUAGCAGUGAAGUCAGCAAGGAUAGCAUAUCAAUAUGGCCUCACUCCUACAGAUUAUACUCAGGCCAUGCUGAUAGAGCUUGAAGACUUGGAUGAAGUUAGGCUCGCGGCCCUUGACCAUAUGUUGGUUCAGAAAAGAAAAAUUGCUAAAUCUUAUGACAAACGUGUGAGAAAGAAGAGUUUUUCUGAAGGGGAUUUGGUUUGGAAAGCUGUCUUUCCCUUAGGAGAAAAGAAUUCAAGAUAUGGCAAGUGGUUCCCGACCUGGGAAGGACCUUAUCAGAUUACUCAAGUCCUUAGAGGAAACGUGUAUCUUCUUAUGGAUUUAGAUGGUGGUUUACAUAAGCAUUUGACAAAUAGAAAAUACCUCAAGCAUCAUUAUUGUACUAUGUGGGAAAUGAGGGAUUUUAGGAAAAACCUACCAAGGAAGCCAUAG